AUGCCGCCAGUGGAAAUCGAGAUGUUCACGAACCUUGAAGAGCUCAAUUUGGAUGAUAACGAACUAACAAUGAUUCCGAGUGGUUUAGGCUCCUUGCAGGAGCUCAAAUGCCUCUGCGUUUGUGAGAAUCCAAUGGGCUUCAUACCAUCGCAAAUAAAGCAGUUAAAACAAUUAACUAGACUUUUCAUCCAGAGGUCACAACUAAUGUACUUUCCAGAAGAAAUUUGUGACCUUGAAAUGUUAGAAUUUCUAGGACUCGCAGGCAACAAAAUUAGCUCUCUUCCAGACAAAAUUACUAGCAUCAAAAAGCUGAAGUGGUUAAAUCUGUCACAAAACAACCUAAAAAAACUUCCAGAUACAACGAAAGAGUUCAAAAACCUAAUGUAUAUUGAUGUAUCUGAUAAUGGCUUUGAUGAAAUUCCCUGUGAUUUGUUAUUAAUACCGAGUUUAAUGUCGCUAAUUAUCCAAGGAAACAAGAUCAAAGUUGUGAGUGAAGAAUUUUGUAAGCACAUCAUGAGGAUGGCAAAAUUAGAUCUGAGACGAAACACCAUAGAAGACAUGCCUGUAGAUCUGAUGUCCUGUGAAAACGUCUUUAUUUGA